GCCAAUACCUGGAGCGACUGAAGCAGUUCGUCUCGGUGGAACUGGUCAACUGACAAAAGUUGAACAAAGGCGGUGGUGGUGGUGGUGGUGGCAGUGGAAGUGGCGAUGACAGAGGAGGAGGAGAAAAAAGUGGCCGGAAGAAGCGAAAAGCAGAUAAGGAUAAGCGCAGCAGCAAAGACACGCCGGAUGGGAGCGGUGGCGAAAUGGCAAUUGACGAUGUACCGGAGGAAGAUGAGAUCGAGGACGAUCUUAAUACAGACGACGAGAUACUGAACGCAUCAAUAACUAUCAGCUCGAAUUCGAAUGUGUCGACAACGGAGAAGCUUCUCUAGCAUCAGGGGUCGGACGCUGGUAGCGUCGAUCAUUUGGCUGCCAGCGUCCCGAUGCCACCCACCGCCGCCGACGUUCCCGCUGCCACCGCAUUCAAGCUGCCCCAUGAAAAUAGCAAUAGCCACACCAACAGUCUCAACAAUAGCAAACGAAGCAACAACUCCGCUCGCAGCAGCGGAAACACCAAAGCCACGGUCCACAUCAACGGGAUCGCGGUCGAUCACUUCCAGCAGAACUCGGAUGUCGACGAGGACCGGAGCUCAUUGGCAGCGGCGUCCUGUCCGAAUAACGACAUCCACGGGUUUAUUUCUUAUUCCAGCGACAGCAGCAUGAUUGAACUUAACCUGAAGUUCAAGAAGUGUGCCUGCAAUGAAAACAUCAUUAAUAUAUCCAAAGAAAAUCUUCAGCAACAACGGACAGAACAACGAAACUCGGAAUCGUCGUUGGCCAUCGCUACCAGCAUGUCUUCUGCCGGGGGGCUGCUGAGUGAGUCCACGGCGGGAAUCGAGGGGGCUUCCGCUACUGCCGCCGCCACGUCGUUCAACAAAGAAGGUAAAAGUAAGAAAUUACUACAGUUAAACAAAGACAAUUUAAAUAGUUUAGUAAAUAAACUGAACGAUACGAAUAGCUCAUCCUCAUCGUGUACAAAGUGUAGAUUAUCGUUAGAUAUAAACAAUAUUUUAAAUCAAAUAGUAGGCGAUGGAAAGCUCAAAUCCGCAGCCCAGGCUAAUGCUAAUGCAAAAGAACAAACGCCAACUGAGAUCGCAAUAGGCAAUGCCGCCGGCGGUUCGGCGGAAAAACAGUGCAAUCGAACCCUGAAGGUAGUGAAUAAGCUCGGUAGUCCUUCCAACAAGGCUGCCAGUUGGUCCCCUUUGCUUCCUUCUCCUUGUUCCCAUUCCCCUUCUCCCAGCGUUUCCACCGAUGACCCGAAUCGGCUUCAGAGGCGACACAGUGAAACCGUUGAACGACGCUCAAUCGGUAUACAACACGGAUUGAAGUCCGGCUACCGCAAGAAGCAUCAGCUUCGGAAGGGUAAAACACAAGUAGAGGAAAUUAUCGUCAUUUCCGACGAGUUCCGAAGACAAUCACUAUCGGACCAGAAGGUCAGAAUCCAGAAAUCCAAAAAGUACUCCCUUUCGAUGGAGAGCAUCGACAAACAAGUGGACGAACAAUCGGGUAAGAUUGGAGGUGGGGUAUUCGAGUGUCUCCACCUGGAAAACGACACCCUGACAGUAGUGGUCGAUUCCAGCGCCGCAACGAAUGGCCACAAGAAGUCCAACAAGUCUAAAUCCAAAUCCGUUGACGACAUUUCCCUCAGUUCCAAUCACAACGAGGAAGAAUUCCCUCCAACCGGCGCGCUCUCCAACGCAGCCAACAGCGUUGAGCUGGUGUUCAUCUCCGAUGAAUUUGUCCAACGCAAAACCCGCACCAGCUCUGACGUCAUAAUCGUCGAUGCGAACAAAAAGAGUCUCAAACGGCGCAAGUCCACAACCAGCAAAAACGUGAUCAUCAUAACCGAUGACUACAAACAGAAAUCGUCCACCGCCCGGAGCGAUGUCCGGAUUGUCAAAAGCAAUUCGCUCAAAUCCAAAGACCCGCGCCGCAAAACGACCAUUUCCAAUUCGAACAGUUUUCUCACCUACGAGGAACCGUUCUCGCCGGAAACGCUGGAGAACAAAGACAUCGGAACGAUGUUUGCCGAAGCGAGCGCGGCAGCUGCCUCCAAGUAGGACGAUCGUAGUAGCACCAAUUAGCCACCUAGUACCGAACCACGUCCCCACUCUUUUUCAGCUUAAGAAUUUUAAGAAUUUGGCACAACAUUUCUAACGCUGAACGCACAGAACACGACACAACUAGAACCAGUCUGAAUGGGUAGUCGUUUGCAUCGUGGAAAACAUGCACGGAUUUUUUAUGUAAUUUAUGUGUUCGUUCUUUAUCUUGUUGCUUUAUGAGCGUAUGUUGUACCUUUAGAGACAGUUUUUUUAUUGCUGUUUGUUUAUUUCUGUAACUGUGUUUCUUAUUGUAUAAGUGUUUUUAACUCGUGGAUGUUGCUUUUUUUUAAUCAGUGAUGAAAGUUCAUUGAACUAAACAAGAACUGGUAUUUGUAUUGCCGUAUUGCGUUAUUGAGUUGGUGACCAUUUGCUGUCUGGGCCGAGUCUGUCUGGAAGACCUUUAGAGAAAUUUCUUCUUUGUCAGAAUUUGAUAAAUCCGUAAAAACUGAAAUUGUGAUUUUACAGCUAAAAAUUCCUCCAGAAAUUUCUCUAAAAGUUUCGUCUGACAAAAUUCUACAAACUCUUUUUUACCUUGUAUUUGCCAAAUUUAGGAUUUCGUUCAAUUUGCUGGAUAUGUUAUUAGAUAUUUGUACCUGGAAUUAUUUUUGGAAACCUAGGAAAAUCAAGAAAUUUUGUAAUUGUUAACAGAUAGGCACUCUGGAAAUUCUUUCAUAAGUUCUGCAAUAUGUACCUCUAAGGCCUGAAUUAAUUUCUCCUGCAAAUUUCUGUCAGAAAUGCCACCAUUUACCUAUACUCUAAAGAAUUUCCCAGUACAUUAGCAAGUUUUUCGCAGGCAAGCCGUAAUAAAAUACAUUUUUUCGUAUUUUUAAAUAUUUUUUUUAAUAUUUGGAAGAAUGCUGUAAGAAAUUCCAUCAGGAUUUUUCUCUGCUUUAGAACUUCUUUAGAAAUUCCUCUUGGAAUAAAAGAUUUCCCACAGGAAUCCUUCUGUAUUUUCCAUGCCGUUUUCCUUGGUAUUUCUUUUUUUUAUUUCUUUUGAAGAUUCCUCCGGAUCCCCAUUGGCAUUUUUCCAAGAUUCGGAUCCUUUUCUGGAUUCUUGCUUGAAAUUUUUCCGAGAUUCCUUUAUUUUUGUCGAUUUCUGCUGAAGGUUUUCACGGGGAUCAUACAAAAAAAAAAUCCAAAGGGUUUUUCGGUAUUGCUUCCAAAGUUUCUCCUGCGUUUUGCCCAAACAAAAUUUCACGGGAUUUCUUUCAUGAUUAUUUACGAGAUCUCCACAAGAGUUACUCUCAUUGCAGAUGUUUUCACAGAAUUUCUCCUAAAGUUUAUCUCGGGAUUCCUCUUGCAGAUUUCUCGCGAUUGUUUAAGUAUUUCUCAUGAAGUCUACUGGAGAUGUCAGUAGAUCUUCCCGGGAUUUUUUCCAGAGUUUCUGCAGAAGUUAUUUCUAGGAUUUCUACUAGAGCUUUCUUAAGGAGUUUUCCUGCGGGAGCUCUUGCCGGGAGUACACCCCAAGUUUCUCCUGCAAUUUCUUCAAGAAAUUUCAAUGAGCUUUCUUCUAAGUUUCGCCCUGUAUUUCUACAGGAGUUUCAGCUGGAAUACUUCUUAAAAGUUCUUACGAAAUUUCUUUGAAAGUUUCAUCUGAAAUUUCUCUCGGAGUUUGUCCCGGUGCUUCUUUCAGAGCUCUUUCCGUGAUUUCUUUCAGAGCUUUUUCUCGGCUUUUCCUCAUAUUAUUCCCUGAGAUUUUCUUGAAAUCCUUACCGAAAAUCGUUCCAAAACUCUGGAUGCUUAUUUUUGGGAUUUCUUUAAUAGCUGCUCAAGGAGUUCUUGCAGAGAUUUUUCAAGGAGUUUUUCUCGGAAUGCCUUCUGGGAUAAAUUUCUAAAUUUCUUGUAAGAUAUUCCCGGAGAAAUAUCCGAAUAAAUCCUAAGAAAAACUGAGAAAACUCGGAUCGUGGGAGAAAUUUCGGGCAAAAUCUCGCGUGAAUAUCCAAGAAAAACAUCGGAAUCUUUAGAAAAAUCCCUGGAAGAACUUCUGCAAGAACCUCGUAAAUAUUCUGAGAGAAACUGUUGGAAAGCUAUACCGGAAAACUACUUAGAGAUAUUCCUUAAAGGAUUUUGGAUAAGUUUUGAAACGAUCGGCGGGAUGAAUCCAGCGAGAAACUUGAGAAAACCUCUGAAAAAAUCACGGGAGGUACCCCAGCAGAGACCUCGAGAAAAACUUCUGCAGAAAUUCUGAGAGAAACUUUGGAUGAAAUCCCAAGAUCAAUUCUCAGAAAUCCCAAAAGAAGACCAAAACAUCUCUUGGGAAGUUGUUCAUCGGAGUAGUCAAAAUAAUCAAUCGGUAUCACCAGUUUUACUUAAAAUUGUUGAAAUACUAUCGUAAUUUCAAGUUUUCCAUUGGAUUUGGAAUUACGGAUUGGAUUUCCUGAAAGUUUUUUUUCUGAUUUUCUUGACAUUUCUUAUAAAACAAAUUUCGAUGGCAUUGUCGAAUCAAUUUCUUGCAAUCAACCCAAUAGAAUUCUGAGAAAAAUGUAGAUAUAUUCCAAAGCCGAUCUUUGUUUUAUUUUCAAAGCAAAACUACUUGGAAGAAUUCAGCUAUUUGGAGGGAUUUCUUGGAGGAAAGCUUGCGCAUUUUACUUCCUCAAAAUUUUUGAGGAUAUUUUUGUAUAAUUUUCGAAAAAUAUAUAUAUUUAACUAAAUUUUUGAGGUAUUUUUUAAUUUUUAAUGGAUUAAAAUUCUCCCUUGGAAAAACCUAGCAAACCUAGGGAAUUUUAUUUUGUCUUUUGAGUAGACACCUUGAAUUUCAAAUUUAUUUUCAUGGACAAAAGUCUAUCAGGGGGAGGGGGGUAUGAGCUGGUCAAAAUUUGGUCUACGUGGUUUGUGAACAGACCCAUAAUAAGUUUUUAGUAAUAGUAAUGUUAAUUGUUAUAAUCGAUUUGCCAGUAAAUGGUCACUUUGUCAAGCAGCUUCACAUCGAGUUAUCUCUUCAAAAACAAUGUCCGUGCUUGUUGAACUUCAACUUAAACUCAUUGCUUAAAAGUAAUAAUUCGUAUUAAGGCAAGUAGGGUAUUAUUUAAUAUUCCUUACUAAACUGCGAUUGAGGUUAAGUUCAAACUGAAAUGCGACUGAUUUAGCUGCAAACAAUGCCCAUAAGCAAAUCAACGUUUAUUAGCAAGCUGAUAUUUUACAAAUUUCUAGAAAAUUUAGACCAAACCAAUUCUCGGUCAAACAAUGGGACGUAUGCACCCUCGAAAGCACAAAUCUAAAACAGAAGUAGCAGUUAACACAUAAAUCACACAUCAGCACCUGAAGACAAGACUAAAAACUAAUCGCAAAGUAAUUAGCAGCAACAAUGGCUUUUGCACGUUACCCCAGAAAAAUAUGAACCUUUAACACCACACAUACCCACUCUCUCACAUCAUCAAUCCUUAACCCAAGUUCUGCCAAAUCUGACACCAUUGUUGUUUUCUCCACCUCUAUUGCAGAUCUGAUCUGAAUUCACCUUAUUGCCGUCCCAUGUAGCACAAACAAACAAGUAAAAAAGAACUAAAAUUACAAGCAUAUAACUGUUGUAAGACAGCAGACUCACACUUAACUGCUAGAGUAGCCACGUAACUGGUAACGAGAGAAUAUUUGUACAAUAUUCGUACUCCUCCUCACCGGAUGCUUCCUACUAAAAUAUUUACUAGAAAAAUAAAACAUUUGAGAGCACUGUGGAAGCGGAAUUCACCACCCAGAUUCCCUAUUUUUACAGCCGUAGUUUACCGUAGCGAUCGUGUGGCCGCUUCCCACCGUUUAGAUGAUUUUGCAUUCCUUUUCUAGUAAUGACGUGAUCGUAGCUUUUCCACUUAGGAAAAUGACCCUUGCAAAUCUAAGAAAAAAUCCUGCAUUUAUUUGUCGUGUGCACAUGAGAUAAUAUGGGUACAUACAUACUAUUAUCCCUCAGUUCCUGUGCAAUUCCAUUAUGUAACUAUCUACAUCUUCCUUUCGCGCUAACGCAAACGCAAAAGUCUUCUAAGAAAAAUUCUGAAACAGAAAGCAAAUCAUACCGAUGGAACCGUUUUUUGCUGCAAGUAGUUUUACAAGAUCGAAUACAGAUAAAAACAACACUCAACAGUAGAUGAGGAAGUAAAUCUAACGAACACACUCGUACAACCAAGGACUGCAUAAAGAAGUAAUCUAAUCAAACUUAAUAAAAUGUGACUGUACUGUAACAAGUAGGAGAAGAACGAUAGAACGAUCACCUUUUUGUCCCGUUUUUUCCGAUCUUCGAAUCUAUUAUACAUACCCCGUGUUAGACGAAUCUUUAGCGACUGAAAGGGACAGGAAUAAAAAGUCUGUCAUCGUAUCUUGGUAUAAUAGGAAAAUUGUAUGGGAAAAAUAAAGCAAAUCUACUAGUGUAGAAUCUAAAGCAAACAGAAAAUAAUUCUACGACUAAGGUGUUUUAUAUAUAGGCGGAAAAUGACUUCAUCAAAUUAUUCCUGUGAAACUUGUUCAAUAAAUAAACCGACCACACAGACUAUCACACAAGCUACCCAUUUUUUUGCAAUUCUUCGCAAACCUCGAACAUUUCUUUUCUUUUUUAGCAUAUUUUUUUUCGGAAGUGUGAGAGUAACUGGAGUGCGUUUAAACGAGAAUUCCCUGUAUUUGUUUCGUCAAAUCUCUACAUGGUGAAUGAAUAUUGCCCCCUUUAGAAGUACGAGUCCGUAUGUGUGGUGUAAAAAUAUUGUCAACAGUGUAAUACAAUACUAGCGAUUUAUUAUGAUUGUGAGCAUUGCAAACGCAAUGCGUUUUUUACCCAAUUAUUAGUCCAAGUGAGAAGAAAUUCGAAACAUGAAUAUUAUUAUAAUUAUUUAAAUGGUAUAAACAUAGUAUAUAUUAGUUGUCAGUUGUCAUAAAAUUAUACAAAAAAAGUGAAAGAAGUAAAUAUGAAAAAAAAGAAAUUAUAUAAACCCAACUGUUAUAAGUCAAACCCAA